AUGCCUCAUCGCUGCGCUUUUGGAUGUAAAAACACCAACAGUGGUGUGGUGAUGCAUAUGUUUCCAAAUCCAAAAAGAUUUCCUGAGCACUUCCAUGCAUGGGUAAAUCUUCUCGGAGGAAAGUUUGAAAGAUUAUCAGAUCAUGAAAUCUACUUAAGAAAGAGGAUUUGUGAUAUACAUUUCACUGAUGCACAUAGAAAUCGGUAUAAGCGCCUCAAUGCAUUAGCAAUGCCAACAUUGUAUCUACCAGAAACUAUUGCACCAUCUAUAACAAAUUUAAUUAAAACUUUAGAGGGUAUAGAAUCUCUUUGGAAGUUAUUGUCUAGAAAAUAUGGCAUUGAUGCAAUGUUGACAAAAAAUUUCAACCAAGACCCUAUAGAAAACUUUUUCGGGAAUAUCAGGAGUUAUGGUGUUAGAAACAUUGCUCCAAAUACUGUCUCAUUUGAGGGGGCCUUCAAGGCUUUGAUGAUAAAUAAUUAUAGUGAGCCCCAUUCAAGUGGAGCAAAUUGUGAAGAAGAUCACAAUGAGUGUCUUCAAAGUUUGGACUUCUUCCUUAAAGAUAAGAACAUAAUAACUCUUGAUAUCCCUGAUACUAAUGAUACUAUUCAUUUUAACAGUGAAAUUUGCUUUGACCAAUCCAAUGAAAUUAACGCUGGUCAAACCAAUUAUGUCUGCAGAUGGGUUUUAAAGAGAUGCCUUAAAUUUAUAAUAAAAGGUUGUCAACAUUGCAAACAAACAUUGUUUGAAAAUGAUAUAUCAAAUGACAAUAAUUCAUAUAUCUAUGCCAAAGAGUACAUGAAUAAAAAAUGGCUGUGCUAUCCUAAUAAAGAAGUGGAAUCGUAUUUCAAAGAAAUCCAGGAUAUGACCACUUCUUUUUUUUUUAAAUGUACCCAAAAUAGGUUUGAAGAAAAAUAUUGUUUUGUUUCUGGACAUGCUAUG